UCAGUGUGGGAGCGGCGCUGUGGGGAGCGCGUCGUUGCGCUCCUUCUUCCCGGCGCGGCCUUUCUCUGCCCUCCCUUCCCCCUUCCCUCCCUCGCCCUUCCCGCUUCCUUCCUGGCGGCGGGGGGGGGCUCUCUCCCAGCCUCGGCUGAAGCGUGAUGGGGAUGGCCGGGGGUUUCUCUCUCCUUCGCCCCGCGCUGCGCCGUUUGCCCGGCCCCGCCGCCUCCCCCAGCUGCUGACGGCGCCGGCGGCCCCCGCGCUGCCCGCGUCCUGCCCGUCCGUCCUCAGAAAACACCAAGAAGGAUAACUUGAAACACUGUUGACCCCCUUUCACUUUCAAUUUCUUGACUGCACUACAAGCAACCAGAAUGUCGGGGGCUUCAGUGAAGGUGGCUGUUCGGGUCCGGCCCUUCAAUUCCCGAGAAACCAGCAAAGAAUCCAAAUGUAUCAUCCAGAUGCAAGGCAAUUCAACCAGUAUUAUCAACCCAAAGAAUCCUAAGGAAGCACCAAAGUCCUUCAGCUUUGACUACUCUUAUUGGUCCCACACAUCGCCUGAAGAUCCCUGCUUUGCGUCUCAGAGCCGGGUGUACAAUGAUAUUGGGAAGGAGAUGUUGCUGCAUGCCUUUGAGGGCUACAAUGUAUGCAUUUUUGCCUAUGGACAAACUGGAGCUGGGAAAUCCUACACCAUGAUGGGCAAGCAGGAGGAGAGCCAAGCAGGCAUAAUCCCCCAGCUCUGUGAAGAACUGUUUGAGAAAAUCAAUGACAACAGCAAUGAAGAAAUGUCAUAUUCUGUAGAGGUGAGUUACAUGGAGAUUUACUGUGAGAGAGUCAGAGACUUGUUGAACCCGAAGAACAAAGGGAAUUUGCGGGUUCGAGAACAUCCUCUGCUCGGACCAUACGUGGAAGAUCUGUCCAAGUUAGCGGUCACCUCCUACACAGACAUUGCAGACCUCAUGGAUGCUGGGAACAAAGCCAGGACUGUGGCAGCUACCAACAUGAACGAAACCAGCAGCCGCUCCCAUGCUGUGUUUACAAUUGUCUUCACUCAGAAAAAACAUGACACAGAAACCAAUCUUUCCACAGAGAAGGUCAGCAAGAUUAGCCUUGUGGAUCUGGCUGGGAGUGAGCGAGCUGAUUCAACUGGUGCCAAAGGAACCCGACUAAAGGAAGGAGCAAAUAUAAACAAGUCUCUCACAACUCUGGGCAAAGUGAUUUCAGCAUUGGCUGAAGUGGAUAACUGCACCAGCAAGAGUAAAAAAAAGAAGAAGACAGACUUCAUACCGUACAGGGAUUCUGUACUAACAUGGCUUCUUCGAGAAAAUCUAGGUGGUAACUCCAGAACUGCGAUGGUUGCUGCUUUGAGUCCAGCAGACAUAAACUAUGAUGAAACUUUGAGCACUUUAAGAUACGCUGAUCGUGCAAAACAGAUUAAAUGCAAUGCUGUUAUCAACGAAGAUCCCAACGCCAAGCUGGUGCGUGAGCUGAAGGAGGAGGUGACAAGGCUUAAGGAUCUCCUGCGUGCCCAAGGGCUGGGAGAUAUUAUUGACAUUGAUCCAAUGGGAGAUGAAUACUCUGGAAGUGGAGGCAAAUAUUUGAAAGAUUUUCAGAACAAUAAGCAUAGAUACUUGCUAGCCUCCGAGAAUCAACGUCCUGGCAAUUUUUCCACAGCCUCCAUGGGGUCCCUCACGGCAUCUCCGUCCUCCUGCUCUCUCAGUAGUCAGGUGGGCUUAAACUCUGUGUCCAGUAUACAGGAAAGAAUCAUGUCAACACCUGGAGGAGAAGAGGCAAUCGAACGUCUAAAGGAAUCUGAGAAGAUCAUUGCAGAGCUGAAUGAAACAUGGGAAGAGAAGCUGAGGAAAACCGAGGCCAUUAGGAUGGAAAGGGAGGCAUUGUUGGCAGAAAUGGGAGUUGCCAUUCGGGAAGAUGGAGGAACACUGGGAGUCUUCUCACCUAAAAAGACUCCUCAUCUUGUAAACCUUAAUGAAGAUCCACUCAUGUCUGAAUGUCUGCUUUACUACAUCAAAGAUGGUAUUACCAGGGUUGGCCAAGCUGAUGCUGAGCGAAGGCAAGACAUUGUAUUGAGUGGGGCUCACAUCAAAGAAGAACACUGUAUCUUUCGAAGUGAGAGGAACAACAAUGGUGAAGUUAUUGUUACUUUGGAGCCUUGUGAGCGAUCAGAAACCUAUGUUAAUGGCAAGAGGGUUGUGCAUCCUGUGCAGCUGCGCUCAGGAAAUCGUAUCAUCAUGGGUAAAAAUCAUGUCUUCAGAUUCAACCAUCCAGAGCAAGCACGAGCAGAAAGAGAGAAAACACCAUCAGCCGAGACUCCCUCGGAGCCGGUUGACUGGACGUUUGCUCAGAGGGAGCUUCUGGAGAAGCAGGGCAUUGACAUGAAGCAGGAGAUGGAGAAAAGAUUACAAGAAAUGGAGAUUUUGUAUAAGAAAGAGAAGGAGGAAGCUGAUCUCUUGUUGGAGCAGCAAAGGCUGGACUAUGAGAGUAAGCUGCAAGCCUUGCAGAAGCAGGUAGAGACACGGUCCCUGGCAGCCGAAACGACAGAGGAGGAGGAAGAGGAAGAAGAAGUGCCCUGGACACGACAUGAGUAUGAACUCGCACAGUGGGCUUUCAGGAAGUGGAAAUUUCACCAGUUUACUUCACUGAGGGACCAGCUCUGGGGAAAUGCAGUAUAUCUAAAAGAAGCCAAUGCAAUCAGUGUAGAGUUAAAGAAAAAGGUGCAGUUUCAGUUUGUGCUGCUGACAGACACCCUCUACUCGCCGCUGCCACCAGAGCUGUUGCCCCCUGAGCUGGAGAAGACCCGGGACAACAGGCCUUUCCCCCGGACGGUGGUAGCUGUGGAAGUCCAGGAUCUGAAGAAUGGAGCAACGCAUUACUGGUCCUUAGAAAAACUCAAGCAGAGGUUGGACCUGAUGCGUGAGAUGUAUGACAGAGCUGGGGAGAUGGCAUCAAACACACAGGAUGAGGGUGAAAGCACGAUGACAGGCAGCGACCCCUUCUACGAUCGCUUUCAUUGGUUCAAGCUUGUUGGAAGCUCCCCCAUUUUCCAUGGCUGCGUGAAUGAGCGUCUUGCUGAUCGCACGCCCUCCCCCACUUUCUCCACGGCUGACUCCGACAUCACUGAACUGGCUGAUGAACAGCAGGAUGAGAUGGAGGACUUUGAUGAUGAGGCCUUUGUGGAUGAUACUGGCUCCGACGUUGGAACUGAGGAGGGAUCAGACCUCUUCAAUGAUGGGCGCGACCCGUUUUACGACCGAUCCCCUUGGUUCAUUUUAGUGGGAAGAGCAUUCGUGUACCUGAGCAACCUGCUGUACCCGGUGCCUCUUAUUCACAGAGUAGCUGUUGUGAGUGAGAAAGGAGAAGUGCGAGGAUUUCUGCGCGUAGCUGUGCAAGCUAUAGCAGCUGAUGAAGAAGCCCCAGAUUAUGGCUCUGGUAUUCGACAGUCUGGCACAGCUAAAAUUUCAUUCGACAAUGAAUAUUUUGAUAAGAAUGAUUUUUCUUCAGUUGCGAUGACUCGGUCUGGACUGUCAUUGGAAGAGUUAAGAAUUGUGGAAGGACAAGGACAGAAUUCAGAGGUUACCACUCCUCCAGAGGAGAUCAACAGAACGAAUGAGCUAGACUUGAAGUCAGCCACUUUGGAUGGAAAGAUGACUAUGGAAGGAUUCACUGAGGAAAUUGGUGAUCACUUGAAACUGGGCAGUGUGUUUACCUUCCGUGUGACAGUGCUGCAGGCCAGCGGCAUCCUUCCUGAAUAUGCAGAUAUUUUCUGCCAGUUCAACUUUUUACAUCGGCAUGAUGAAGCUUUCUCAACAGAACCUCUGAAAAACAAUGGUCGAGGGACUCCCCUUGGCUUUUAUCAUGUUCAGAAUAUUGCUGUGGAAGUGACGGAAUCCUUUGUGGAGUACAUCAAGACAAAGCCUAUUGUGUUUGAAGUCUUUGGCCAUUAUCAGCAGCAUCCUCUCCACCUGCAAGGACAGGAUCUCAACAGCCCUCCACAGCCUUCCCGAAGAUUCUUCCCUCCCCCGAUGCCACUCUCAAAGCCAGCGCCAGCUACAAAGCUGAACACCAUGAGCAAACCCAGCUUGGGCCAGAGCGUGAGCAAAUAUGACCUCCUUGUGUGGUUUGAGAUCAGCGAAUUGGAGCCAACAGGGGAGUAUAUUCCUGCUAUUGUGGACCACACUGGAGGCCUGCCUUGUCAGGGGACGUUCCUGCUUCACCAGGGAAUCCAGCGUAGAAUUACAGUCACCAUUAUCCAUGAGAAGGGCAGUGAGUUGCACUGGAAAGAUGUGCGAGAGCUGGUUGUUGGACGUAUAAGAAAUAAAGCAGAGGUAGAUGAAGCUGCUGUGGAUGCUAUUCUGUCUUUGAAUAUUAUCUCUGCAAAAUACCUGAAGUCUUCUCACAGCUCCAAUAGGACUUUCUAUCGGUUUGAAGCAGUUUGGGAUAGCUCCCUGCACAACUCCCUGCUCCUCAACCGAGUGACACCGUAUGGAGAGAAGAUAUAUAUGACCCUUUCUGCUUACCUGGAGCUUGACCACUGCAUCCAGCCUGCUGUUAUAACAAAGGAUGUUUGUAUGGUCUUCUACUCGCGAGAUGCCAAGAUCUCCCCACCACGAUCCCUACGCAAUCUCUUUGGCAGUGGCUACUCCAAAUCUCCGGAUUCCAAUCGAGUAACUGGGAUCUAUGAACUAAGUUUAUGCAAAAUGGCAGACACAGGAAGUCCAGGAAUGCAGAGGAGGAGGAGGAAAGUCCUGGAUACAUCUGUGGCCUAUGUGCGAGGAGAAGAGAACCUGGCAGGUUGGAGGCCCCGGGGUGACAGCCUCAUUCUAGAGCAUCAGUGGGAACUGGAGAAACUGGAGCUGCUGCACGAGGUGGAAAAAACCCGACAUUUCCUUCUGCUCCGCGAAAAGCUGGGUGACAGCAUCCCCAAGUCUCUGAGUGACUCACUGUCUCCCAGUCUGAGCAGCGGAACCCUCAGUACCUCCACCAGCAUUUCCUCACAAAUCUCGACGACGACGUUUGAGAGCGCAGUGACGCCCAGCGAGAGCAGCGGCUACGACUCUGCAGACAUAGAGAGCCUGGUGGAUCGGGAGAAAGAGCUGGCCACCAAGUGUCUGCAGCUUCUCACUCACACUUUCAAUCGGGAGUUUAACCAGGUGUACAACAGCAUCAGUGAUUGUAAGUUGUCGGAUAUUUCUCCAAUUGGGCGGGACCCAUCAGUGUCAAGUUUCAGCAGUGCUACCCUCACACCUUCAUCUACCUGCCCUUCACUGGUGGAUUCAAGAUGCAAUUCAAUUGAUCAGAAGACACCAGAAGCAAAUUCUCGUUCCUCCAGUCCCUGUAAUGAGGUGGAGCAGUUCCAGCUAAUACCUACAGUAGAACCUUCCUAUCUUGCCAGAGCUGGAAAGAAUGAAUUCCUAAACCUCGUGCCUGAUAUUGAGGAAAUCAGACCAGGCUCUGUGGUCUCAAAGAAAGGAUACCUCCACUUCAAGGAGCCACUCUCCAGCUCCUGGGCCAAGCACUUUGUGGUGGUUCGCCGGCCCUAUGUUUUUAUUUACAACAGUGACAAAGAUCCUGUAGAAAGAGGAAUCAUAAACUUGUCCACAGCUCAGGUGGAAUACAGUGAGGAUCAACAGGCAAUGGUGAAGACACCCAACACAUUUGGUGUAUGCACAAAGCAUCGUGGGGUCCUGCUCCAGGCCAUCAAUGACAAGGACAUGAACGACUGGUUAUAUGCCUUCAACCCACUUCUUGCUGGCACAAUACGGUCAAAACUGGCUCGAAGACGCACGGGCCAGCUGAAGUACUGAGUCCAUGUAAUGUUCUCAUCUGUUCUCCCUGACUCACCUUCCGAUAGAUCAAGUGUUACCUCUCAUUUUCUCUUUGUGAUUCUUGACAGUUUCUCUUGUAUGUAAUCCUGUGGCUUAACAUCCCUUACCUUCCCAGCUCCUUCAGCACAUUUUCUAGGUAUUCUAACCCUACCUUGUUUCUUUUCACUUGUACUGAGAAUCAUACUAGUAGCAUGUGGCCAAACAAAAAGAGAAAGAAAAAAAAAAAUCAAAAAAAUCGAGUGAUUAUGCACGACUCUAAAAAAGAAAAAAAAAAAACACCACACACGUUAUUUAUUUUUUUCUUAUAACAAUUGUUUUCCCAUUUCAACUGACCUUUUGGUGUCUGUCCCACUGUCCAUUGUUGUCUGUCUAGACUGCUCCAGGUUUUUCAUUCAAUUUGUGACUUGGCAGUAGUCAUUGAGUUCCCUCAGGGCAAAGUUCUAACGCCAGGGAAAGAUAAAUUCUUCUCUCUAGACAUUACCCAGCCAGGAACUGCAAUAGCUCCUCAGGCUUUCUGGAUCCAGCCUCUAAUUUAAACUCUGUUGAAAGCUGAUAUUGGACAAAUCUAUCUGGGCAGACUGGAUUUUGGACUUGGUGCAAAUUUUUGAAUUUCCAGGGUCCAACAGGCUAAGGUAUGAGCUGGGAAAAGGCAGGGAACAAACCGAGAGGGGCUGGCUGGAAUCAUCUGCCUUCGAGCUCCUGCUGCAGGGAUGCAGGUGAACAGGGUUGGGGGGUUUUAACUCUUUCCCAACGCGUUCGCACUCACUCCUCUGCCUCUGAACUGAGCUGAGGAGACGGGACCUGUGCUGCUGUUGAGGAAUAAUCCCUAAAGUUUUAGAUUCUCAGCCUCGUGUUUGUCGGAUGAGUGUUAGGUGGAAGCACAAGCGUGGUGGUUCCCUGGAGCGCUUCCAGGAGAUGGCCACAGGGGGGCAGUGUCUCCCCCGCGUUCCUGCAGUUCCCCCCUCCCCUGAGGAGAUGGCGGUGGGUGAUGAUGAGGAUGGACCUAGGGCACCGAUCUGACCGGCCUGUUUGUGCGCGCAUCCCUUCUCUGUUACAGUCCGCUGACAUCCCGGCUGCUCACGGGGAAAGUGUCCUCCGUCUACAAAAUCCUUUCUAGACCUCUAGCCCUCGCGGUAUUUUCCAGGCAACAGGAGGACACUUUCGCUUCCUUUUGGAAUAACUGAAGGCCUCUUAAUUUCCCUGCUAUGGUUUUCAGUAGCUAAAAGCCCCUAGUUAGUUUUAACUUCAGAAUUAAUCCUUCCUGGAGGACGGAUCAAGUGGACUCUGGUCCUGGUCAGUGGGUGUAACAAUUGGCUUCUUGGAGCUGAGCUGGGAGGUGGUAGUUCUUGAGCUGCAGUCUGGGAUCUCCUUGUGGCCAAGGGCUUGGUCCUUGCCCCAGAAAAGGGAAGCAGAAUAAAUUUCCUGAGAUGUGAACUCAUCUUUCUUAGGUUUGUUUUCAGGGGGGUUGUUGUGGAGGGGAGGUGGCUGUUUCCCUUUACUGUGCCCCAGGCUCUGUGCUGUGUGUUCCUGACUUGCCUUGGGCAGUGACAGGGCCAGCGGUGCCCUGGGGAAUGUACAGGAGUUUCAUCCUGAGGCUCUGGCCUCUCCAUGGAGAGCUAAAAGGGUCUUGUUCCACUAUUACAGUAGGUACUCCAGCUCAAGAAGGUCAUUUUGAUUCAGUUCACUCAGCAGCAGGUCAUGCCAUGCAUUGGGAAUUGUGUGGAACAAAGAUCUGUGUGGGACUGGCAUCAGUUGAAGAAGUUUUUAGCUUUAUGGGGUUUUCAUUCUUCAGUAAAGUGCAAUGCAUAAUGAGACCUCCCAAAAGCACGGUUGGCAAAGGAGCAGGGAGAUGGAGCCUGACUCUUGCUAGGACAUAUCUUUAUAUAUUUUGAGACAGUACUCAAGCUAAAUCACGUGCUCAUGCUAUCUUCUAUGGUCCUCAGAUUUAUUUCAGAACUGGAAGCCAGAGUGAGGGAGCAUCCUGGGGAUCCAGGAGCAUUAUAGGGAUGUGGUUUUGCUUGUUUGUUUUAAUUUUCUUCUGGUUUUGUCUUGUUUAAUUGUGUGUGACUCUUAAUACAGUGAUGAUAUUCCUUUGUUACGCAAUGGAUGAUAAUGCACUUGCAGUGUGUGAUGUGUAAGACUGUUAGUGCUGCAGGAGGGCUCCCCGAGCUGGAGCUAAGCCGAUCUCAAGAAUUAGAUUCAUUUUAAGCACCAAGUUGUUGAUGCCAUCACCACCAUUUAUAAUGAAAGUGGAACCAGUUUGAGGAGAGGUAGCAAUUUAGGUGGUGGCAUUUUGUGACACACUGACAGCAUUUUAAUUUUUUCCUUCUUUUUUUUUUUUUUUUUUUAAACUAGAAGAAAACUAGUUUGCUAAGUCUUUGCUUUGGAUAAGCCAGAAAAUGACCUAAGGGGAUAGAGGCAUUGCAUAGAAACAUGAUUAAGGGAUCUUCCUUUAAAAGCAGGAAGACACAGAUGCUUAUUUUAUACGGAGCUGGAAAUGUUACAGCUGAGUUGUGUAGAUGUUACUCUUCUACCUAAAGACUCUGAGCAGCUUCUGAUGACUUGAUGUCUGUGUGGAUAACAGAUCAUCAGAAGAGCAAAAUUCUAUUUUUCAGCAUCAGUAUCUCUUAAAGCUGCAUAAUCUGUGACAAAAUAGAUUCUCGUUGUGUGGAGUUCAAAUGGGCAUUACUAUUUUCGGGUCUGACAUAGACACGCAGUUACGGUUUUUCACCAGUUAUUGAAGCCCAGUUUGAGACAUCAGCUUUCCUUCUUAAAACUGGACUGAAAUAAAUUCGAGUUUUAUUUAAAUGAAUAACAAA